AUGAAACAUCUCGUCCUCCUCCUCCUCCCGCUUCUGGCCAUCUCCCUCCCCUGCACUGCCGGGGUUGACACCCAACUGGUCUACGACACGGAGGAACAUGAGCUGAGCAGCGAUUUCCUAUACUACAUUCUCUCGGCUGACCGCAGGACAAGCGGCGGCCUCGGGGUCUUACAUGAAAACAGACCCUGCCAUUUCUUCGUGGUCCAGGCGCCCGGAGAGGCUGCCGUUGGCAUGGCCGUGAAAUUCGAGUCGUAUACCGCUUCAUCUGACGGGGCGGUUCGCCUUUCGACGAACGUCACGAUCGGAUUCGACGUCAUCACGACAUGCGUCGAGUCCAUGGACUGGUACGUCACCAACAGCUCGCUACUGUCAUCUUCGGAGCCGCAUGAGCACGUGGCCGUCGGGAAGGACGAGGAUGAAGACUACAUACGAUCACCGGCCAUGGUGUUCCGCAUUGAGAAGUACGACGGCGCGACGGAGGGCUACAAGCUGGUGUCGUGCGCCGGCGAUGGGCCGUGCAAAGAUCUGGGCUUGCAUACUUCUGGGUAG